UCUAAAAUGGUGGCAACUUCGUAUGAAUGUUCAAUCAUAAUGUCAAAUAAAUGUUAUUUACAAACACCAUAAAAAAUGAUUAUACUUAAAUUAAAUAAUAAAGAUCGAAUUUAUACGUAUAUGAGACAAUGCUCAUAUAUGGGGUUGAAAAGUGUAAGAAGCAAGAGAAAUAUGUGUUGUAUAAUAAUCUAUACAUACAUACUCUAAACACAUAGUGAUAAUAACCAUGAUGAUUAGAAAAGAGGCACUAGCGGUGAAGAUGGAGAGUAGGGAAAAAGGAAAGAGAGAGUAGAGAGAGUGAAAAUGAAAGAGGAUAGAAAAAGAGGUAGAAGGUAGAGAAAAGAGACAGGAGAGAAUAGGAAAGAGGUAAAGAAGAAAUAUAUUCAGGAUAUUAUUCCAGUGUGGCGGCGCUUGUGCAGUUUAGAGAGCCGCUACGGCGGUGAUUCGAGCUUCUUAUCGGCCUCGAGAAGAGCCGUAAGGAAAUAAGAGAACUAAAUAGAGGAUAUAUAUAUAUAUAUAUAUGUACCGAUGGUCGUCUUUGGGCAGCACGAUUAUGAGCGCGAAAUAAAGUAGCAUCAAUAAGGAGUGAAACGCCGCAUGGUUCCACCUCCGCCGUAUCCAAGCGUGGCAUAUCACAGACGUGUGUUGAAGCGGCGCCAUAUAUACGAUAUAUACUACUCAUAUUCAUUCCUUAGCGAGUGCGGCCAAGUGCGGCCAAGUGCAGCAACGGUGACGGCGACGGUAACGGUGACGGUGACGGUGACGGUGACGGUGGUGGUAGUGGUGGUGCCAGCAGAUAGAAAAGGAAAAGAGAGUGGAACCACAAUUGCUCCUUUCUAUCCUGGAUGGGGGCGAGAAAAAUAGCCGCGACGCGACUCUGAGAAAGAAGAGAAUAGUUAGAAGAAAGCAAGAAGUAUAUAGAGGAAAGGAGAAGAAAGAUUGGUGAAUGCGGCGGGGUACUUUGCCUGCACCCGUGCGUGAAUCACGCUUCCGAGGCGCCCGGCUGUCCCCCGUCUUCGAGUAUACCCCAUCGUCGCGACAUUGACCUGUUCGAGGACGCUGUCCGUUCUUUAACGAUACCAACAUUCUACACGGAGAUUUUUUUCUCCCUUCUUUCCCAUUUUGGAGUAACCUUUUAAGAGUGACACCCACAAGGUGGGAGGGGAAGAGGCAUCUUUCUAUUCGUUCCGAUCCAUGUCUUCUACCGGUUUAUCUAAUAUCUUCCCUAUUCUCGACUACGAUACGUAAUAUACUCGUAUGAAUAUUCAUUUGAAAAGUUCGUCACUUAAUUCAGGAUAAGAUCAUUUUUGUAAUAUGAUAGUAGUGUUCAAUGAGUCUUAGUACCAGUGUUAUUGCCACCAAGAUUUCUAGUAUACUGUGAUUAAAAGAAGGUCUAUCAUUUCUAAAACUUUAGGAAGUAAGAUUGUUGAUUGAACUUUAACAAGCAUAGCUGUGAAUUAUUUCUAUUUCUAAAUAAAAUAUUAGAAACGCAGCCACGAAAAAUAGACUGGCAACUAAGAGAAAGAAGCAGGUGCAAUAUGUCAGACGAAGAAGAUAAACCUCCUGCACCUCCUGUACGGCUGACAUCUAAUAGAGGUGAAUCUGCACCAAAUUUGCCAGUGGAUAUGCGCCCACUACCAAAAGAACCAGAUUCAGAUGAACGUAAGAAAAAAACAUUGAAAGGCAAAAUGAAGACAAAAGAAAAUAAAGAUAAACCAAAUAUAAGUUAUCCAACGAAUUUUGAACAUACGGUGCAUGUUGGAUUUGAUGCUGUCACUGGUGAAUUUACGCUGCCAUUAAAAGGAAUGCCAGAGGCUUGGGCAAGACUUCUUAUGUCAAGUAACAUUAGUAAACAAGAGCAAAAGAAAAACCCACAAGCUGUCUUGGAUGUUUUAAACUGGUAUGAUAGUAGCAGUAAAGAAACAAAAGGUUCUAAAUACAUGACUACAACUAAGAUGGUUGGAGUUAUAGAUAUCAUUCAAACUGCACACCCAGCUCCAAUAGAAAGAGCAAGUAGUCCGCGAAGUAUGGGUGUUACUGUUGGUACAGGUGUAGGAAAUAUUCGUGGACAGGCAAUGUCUCAGGCUUCAGGAAGCUCUCACUCUCAGCAUUCAUUGAGCAGAGUAAGUAGCAGUAGUCCCAGUAGUACACCAACUGAUGCUUGUGCAACUAGUUCUGAACAAGAAGAUGAACCACCACCUCCACCUAUUUCUGCGAGACCAGAACGUACAAAGUCAAUAUAUACAAAGCCUAUAGAAGAAGAACCACCCCCACCAUUGGCAAUUACAUUGGGAUCACCUCAAAGAAAUGGAACACCACAACAACAACAUCAAUCGCAAUUAGAUAGAAAUAAAAAUCAAGCAACACCUACAUCAACUACGACUGAUCAAACGCGACCAGCACAAAGUGAUAAAGCAAGAAAAAAGAAAAUGUCGGAUGAUGAAAUACUAGAAAAGCUUAGGACAAUUGUAAGUGUAGGAGAUCCAAAUAGAAAGUAUACAAAAAUGGAAAAAAUAGGACAAGGUGCUUCAGGUACAGUGUAUACAGCGAUUGAAACAUCAACAGGAAUGGAGGUUGCAAUAAAACAAAUGAAUCUUUCACAACAGCCGAAAAAAGAAUUGAUAAUAAACGAAAUUUUAGUUAUGCGGGAGAAUAAACAUCCGAAUGUUGUAAAUUAUUUGGACAGUUAUUUAGUGGGAGAAGAACUAUGGGUAGUGAUGGAAUAUUUACCUGGUGGUAGUUUAACUGACGUCGUGACUGAAACUUGUAUGGAUGAGGGCCAAAUAGCUGCAGUAUGCAGAGAAGUAUUACAAGCAUUGGAGUUCCUUCAUUGUAAUCAAGUUAUACAUAGGGAUAUUAAGUCUGACAACAUCCUACUUGGACUGGAUGGGGGUGUAAAGUUAACUGAUUUUGGAUUUUGUGCACAAAUUUCUCCAGAACAAAGUAAAAGAACUACAAUGGUUGGAACUCCAUAUUGGAUGGCACCUGAAGUAGUUACAAGAAAGCAAUAUGGUCCAAAGGUAGAUAUAUGGUCAUUGGGAAUAAUGGCUAUUGAAAUGAUAGAAGGAGAACCACCAUAUUUGAAUGAAAAUCCACUGAGAGCAUUAUAUUUAAUUGCAACUAAUGGAAAACCAGAAAUUAAAGAGAAGGAUAAAUUAUCUGGUAUCUUUCAAGAUUUCUUAGACCAAUGUUUAGAAGUUGAAGUUGAAAAACGAUCUGCAGCUUCAGAGUUAUUAAAGCAUCCUUUUUUGAAGUUAGCAAGGCCACUAGCCUCCUUAACACCUUUAAUUAUGGCAGCAAAAGAGGCUGCUAAAGGUCAUUAAAUGAGUAGUGAAAGACUAUGGUCGAAAGUGAUCAUAAAUAUGACUAUGUGAAAGAAUAACGAACCACCCUCCCAAAACGGAAACGGCACAAUAAUUCAAUAAUAUAUAUGUAAUAAAUAAACAUAUAUAAAUAUAUACAUAUAUAUAUAAAUAUAUACAUAUAUAUAUAAAUAUAUACAUAUAUAUAUAAAUAUAUAUUAAUUAUAUAUAUAUAUAUAUAUAGGUCAUAAAUAGAUAGAACUUAUCCGAUACGCGAAGAAUAUCGAGAAAUGGUUUCAAAGUUUUUAAAUUGCUCGAGUCUCGCAUGUUGUGAGGAGAAAAAGUUAAAUCAGAAAAACUGUGAACGAUCUGACGGCAGAGACCUUAUUUACCUCGGUGAUGUGUAUUGAUUACUAAAAAUUUCUAGUGUCAAAAAUUAAACAGAUAUUGAAAAAUGAACGAACAUAAAUUGACGUCAAAUAUUGCCUGAAAAAACUUUUUUAUCAACAUUCAUCAUCAAGGAUAGAUAAGUGUUUGUCAGUUAUUUUCUAAAAAUGUAAAAAUAGUAUUAUUGACUCUAAAGUUGAAGAUCAGAGUUAGCUACAAACACACAUUAUUUAUAGCAAGGAUCUUUAUUAGAUAAUACCAUAAACAAAUGUGAACAAGUACAUAAGAUUUAUUCUAAUACAUUAUUAUGGUUUGACAAAAAAGAAAUUGUAGGAGAAAAAUAAAUUGGUCUUCAUGUCAGACUUAUAUUUUUCGAACGAAGUUAUAAAGAGCAGAGCAAUAUGUUUUCAAUCCUUUUGUCUGUCAAUAUGACAUAAAUACAUAUAUAUAUAUAAGCGAUAGCCUAACUUGUUUUAAACAUUCUCAAAAGUCACGUUCUUAUAAUCAUAUCUUAAUACGCAGAAUUAUAUUUUUAUUCAACUAAAAAUGCUUUAAUUAUUUUCUCUUAUCUUGGAUAUCACAAUGGUCGCAUUUUGUUAGUUUAUAUAUAUAUAUAUAUAUAGUAUGGCUAAUUGAGUUAUUUGUGUUUUGUGCAGUUAGAAUAUUCAUUUUUGCAAAUCAUGAUUACUGUUUUAUAAUAUUAAGAUAAACAAAAGUAAGUACUUUUUCUCAUUUGCAUCGCGAUAAGACACGUUAAGAUAUAUAAGGUCCUCUCUUUACUAAAAUAUGUUAGUUAAUAAGAACAUCCUUAUAUGGACAAAUGUUGUCUGGUCAAGUGUGUUCUUCAUUACAGGUCAAAUCUAACUAUUCUUAACGUGUCUUAAAGUAAAUGAACGGAUGAUCGAUGAAAUUUUAAAACAAGGUUCAAAUGUAGGAGCAUUUUGUGACACUAUAAAGUGCCUGUUGUCAUGUUUAGAAGCAUGAGUUAUUCAUGCUAGAUUCCUUAUAAUCUUGAACCAUUAAAAUGUAUCAUUUAUUUUGACGAACCAUCAGAAACCAACAUGUAAAAUCAAGUUAACGGUUAUAUACAAGGUUUCUAAAUGGUUGUACCAUAUUAAACAGAGCAACUAAAAUGUCUUUCCUAAUUGUAUUAUAUUUUCAAAGUAUCAUGUCAUUACAAUUAAAAUUAUCUAUAUAUUUAGUUUAAGAAACUUAGAUUUUGCAAUUUCUGUAAUUUUUAAUAAUUUCAUUAUAUAUAUAUAGGGUUUCGUCAUAUGCGAUUUUUGACACUUAAAAUAACAUCAUGAGAGUAAAAUAAUUAUUGAUACAAGAGAAAUCACUGAUAUAUUACAUAUGAAAUGAAAAGAUUAAACAAAAAGGUAAAAAUUUAUAUUAUUUCCUUAAAAUGAAAAAAAAACGUAAGGUAUUUAAUAUUCAGCAGUUUUAUUCUUCCAUAAAACUAUUAAUAAAAAGCCUGAUUAGUUUUUUAAUAACGAUUAGUAAAGUUUAAUUAAAAAUUGACAGACAAAAUUACUCGAUUUAUAUCGUGUUAACGAACAUAUUUAGAGUCAUGCUAAAAUUGGGAAAGAUCCUAUUUUUUUAAAAUCAAGGACUAUAAAUAAUAUAAUGUAUUAUUUUUGUGUGUCAGUAUUUCAUGAAAAUAAGCAUCGCAUAUAUUCAUUCUUUUUCAGUAAUCGCUCUAAAUUAAUUGAAAGUAAGUGAUGUUAAGCAACAUAAAAAAAGGAAAUGACUGCACAUCUAGUAUUAAUCAUCAUGUAAACGAAUUUAUAAAUUAGGAUCCAAAUAAAUUAGCUCGAUCAGGAAUAACGAGCGAGGUCUUGCAUUUUCACAAAUAUCUUUUAAAAAGGAUCAUAUAUACAUCCAUUUUGUCUGAUCGUAUUAUUAUUAUGACAAUUAUAAAAGAUACAUAUUUCUCUCAGUUCAUAGCUAUUUACUGUUAAGAUUUAAUUUUAAAUGAUAAAUCGAGAUGCAUUGAAUAUAUAAAAUAUACUUUACCAUGUCCAAAUUUCAAAAUACUAAGUGCAUUUAGAUGCACAAUUGUUCGCAAAUGAUCAUCUUGUUAGUGAAUCUGUUUACAUAAACAAAAGUACAAAGCUUGUACCAAAAUAUGCCUUACUGUAAUAAAAAUAUAUAUGUAUUCUAUUAAAAUAAAAUAAUUAUUAUUUUUUUGAUGCGGCAAAAGAUUAGAUGAAUAAACUAAAUAGACUUUGAGAGUAGGGAUUAUAAAAUGCAUGGAUAAGUAUUAUUUUCUAUAAUUGCAUCUCGAUUAACGUUCCAUGUGCAUUUAAGUAUUUACGUAAGAAACGUAUUAUUGUCAUUUUGUAAGUAUAAAAUAGGUUCCUACUAAAAUCAGGUUAAGUGUGUAUAUGCAUGCUUGCGUGCUUAUGAUGUUUUUGAAAAUGCUUUGAGAUCUCUAAAUGAAAGAACCAGGCCUAGUAACAAAGAUACUAUUUUACUGACAAAAAAAAUAAGAAAAAAAAUAUUGGUCAAAGUACAUGGUUUCCAGUCUUUUAUCAAAACUAUUUGAUUUUAAAAAAACAACAGCUAAUAUAUAUAUAUUUGCUUUUAAAAGGUUUUUAGUAAUGAAUGAUUUCUCAGGAAAAUAUAUAUCUAUAUAAACGAUAAAGAAAUCCAGAAAUUGAAUUGAAACGGCAGAUAAAUAAUUAUUGUAAAGAAAAAAGAAAAAAAAUAACGCCUAGAAUUUUACGUAUAUAUUGUACUGUAACACCUUUUAGUUUGUUUUAAAAUGUUACAAUAUAAGGAAACAUUUUGUAA